AUGGCAUCAACAGAAGAAGAGCGAUUUAAGCCUCCCAAAUUUAAAAGAAAAAGGCAAAUGUCAUCCGUUCAUGAUUCUUCGAGUUCAAGCGAUACAGCAACGAACUAUCGUGCAAGACCCAAAAAAUCGCACCUUCAUGCCGACCGUCAUGUUAUUUCAAAGUGGACCACGAAAACGUUGGUAGAAUACGGAAUAACAUAUGACAACAAUCCAAUAAGUAUUGAAGAAUUCAGUGCCAAAAUUCAAUCAAGAGCGCGGGAGGUGUGUGAUAAGAAAAUGCCAGAUUUUCUUUCUAUCCUUAAAAUGUUAUGCAAGAGAGGCCUUAUUUUUUCUCUGGAAGUACCAGAAAAAGAAACACUGAAAAGUUUGGAUAUAAUAUCCGAUUCUAUGACAAAGGCACGUAAAAUUCUGAAUGAUUUUGAUGCAUUUAUCAAUGAUAUAUUAAUAAAAGAGGAGGAAUAUCUUGGCAAAGAAUGGCGAAACAAAGCGUUAUUCUUUGCUUGGUCUCACAACGUGCGAAGUUUCCUCAACUACUACAAAAAAUUCCUAGAUAAAAUGAACUCGAGCAUGACUGAGAGUUGGUUAGCAAAACCAGAUAGAGAAGCUUGCUUAAAAGAACUGUUCAUGGUGUUCUCCAAAAUUUUUUUCUUGGAACCAGAAUUGGGUGACAAGGAAGUGAAACGGUUAAUCAUUGGUUCACAUGUAGUAUCCUGCAUUCCAGAUAUAAGGUUCACAUGGUUAAACACAAUUCAGCGCAGUGUUCUGAUGAUGCUUACAGAGGCAAAAAAGGAUGAGCCAUUUCCAGAAAAUAGGCAAUUUGAGUCAAGAAAAACAAAAACUUCAGGUGGAAAUUUAUCAGAUUCUGAUCAGACAUUUGGAAACUACAUACACAGAAUACUUAGCAUAAAUGUACUUGGACAGCAUGGUGGAGAGUUACUUUCAGAACUGCGAUCAUCUGCCUUUGCUCCAACAAUGGUUGUUGGAUGCAUUUGUAAGGGCACAGAGAUCAUUUUUACAUAUAUGGAAAUGACACAGAAUCAUUUGAACAAAAUAGUAUAUGAUGGGAAGUGUGAAGGUGAAUCCAGUCUGAUAAGAUAUACAAAACCUCUGAAUUACUUAAUGGAAGAAGAUCGUAACAAGUGCUUGGAUCUCCUGUUCUUGCUUGGUUUCAUGCAGACGUCUGGAUAUGAGGAUUUAUACCCAAAUCCAGAAGGGAGAUUAAAGAGAAGUAAUGCCUAAUCAAGAUUAAAGGGAAGUAAUCCUAAUUUUGAUUAAAAGGAAGUGAUGCCUGAUACAGAUUACAGGGAUGUGAUGCCUAAUCUAGAUUGAAGGGAAGCAAUGCCUAAUGUAGACUAAACGGAAGCAAUGCCUUUUCUAGAUUAAGGAGAAGUAAUGCCUAGUCUAGAUUGAAGGGAAAUGUUGCUUAUCUAGAUUAAAGGGAAGUAAUGCCUUAUCUAGUUUAAAGGUCUUUGUUCUUUUAAGGGCACCAAUAUACCAUUUUCUUCAGCCACAAUUAUAAGUGACUUAUUUCUUUCCUGAUGAUCAUAUAUAAUGUGUACACAUUUCACUUAAAUACCAGGCAAUGGUGUUUUUUCCCCACAAAAAUCAUGUUGAAAUUGCUUGUAAUGUGUUGUCUAAAAUGAUGAACUUAUUUUUCUUUUAAACUUUGUUUUGCUAUUGUUUUUAUACUGAUUUGUCUUUCAUCUACUUGUCACUUCAUUUACUCGAUCAUUCAAUUGUGGACUUUUGUAUUGGGUUUUAAGAUCGAUUACUGUUUGUUACCUUCGAGUUUGCUGUUGUAAAAUUAAUAUUUUAUAUUGAUAAUAAACUUAUUUAGAACUUCGACAGUCUCUAGAGGAUUGACAAUGUGAAACUUAAAUACUUGUCAUUGACCUAUUCGUCGUCACGUGUCUGACUGUCACGCGUUGUCAUAUAGACCGAGCGAAAGUAAAUACCUUAUUAGAUCCGUUACCCGGCCAUUUACCCACUUGAUCAUGUAAUAAAUGCAUGAUGUUUCAAUGUACGUGCCAAUUGGUUGGUUGCAUUACAUCAAUGAAAUUUUUGAAAACAAGUCAGUUAUCUUUGCCGAAAUUUAUUUUCUUUCAUUUCUGAAAAAAAUAUUAGAUACCGAUUAAAGCCUACAGGAUACCAGAUAAUAUUGUCUUACCUAUGCACAGUUUUAACUUGGAACGCAGGAAGAGCUUCGGAAGUUAAUAAUGCUUUCGGUAAUGAUAUACUGGUAUAAAUGGUUUCGAUAAUCAUUAGAAACAUUUUCAGUAAUAUCGUUUUUUUUUUUUGGUCUUUGUUUCUAAGUUAAAUUUCAUCAAUUUUCUUGAGAUUUUACAUUAUCCUUCAAGCGCAAUAUUUUCUUGUAAAUACAAUGUAUAUUUUGUUCUUGUG